AUGGUCAACCUCGUUGACCAUUAUUUCCUUGAAGAGCAAGCUAGUUAUCUCCCUUGUGGAAGAACCUCUGAAGAUGGGAGGGUAAGAGCUUCACCUACUUGGAAUCUUGAACCAAGUACUUUGAAGUUGUUUCCUUGGACCAACGAUUUCAAUCCAAACCUUCAAAAGGUCACACCCGCGCAGGUUUGGAUUCACCUUUUUAGACUUACUCAAAAGUAUUGGAGACCUGAUAUUCUCCUUAAAAUAGCAAACAGCGUGGGAACUCCUAUUUUCCCUGACACUUUAGCUUCUAAACUCAGGUUUAAUCAUCCUUAUGGUUAUUUCACUAAGGUUUUAAUGGAUAUGAAAUUUUCUGUUAUGUUACAUCAUAAUGUUUUAGUUCGUGGAUACUGA